ACAAUCCUGGUAACCUCACCCUAGGUGGAUUAUUCCCCUUGACAUCUGUUGAUGAAAAAGAGAACUGUCGUGAUAUCAUAUCUGUCGAUGCUAUGAGACCAUUUCUGGCUAUGUAUUUCGCCGUAGACACAAUCAACUCAGACGACUCCAUUCUUCCGAAUAUAACUCUCGGAACUAAACUUUUGGAUACUUGCAAAAGCCGUGUUUCAUCGCUGGACUACACCCUUAAACAUUUUGUCUUUGGCGAGAAUAAUGGAAAACUAAGUGAUUAUCCAAUUGUUGGACUGGUCGGACCAGCGACCAGUAUUGAGGCAGGUACAAUAUCCAAGGUAAAAAUAGUCGGACGGCUGUAAUAUUCUUGUUUGAAGUUUUACCUCAAACAGUCUGUGCCAGUGUAGGUAGAGUCGAUAACAAGAUACUGCGCUUUGAGAGAUACAACUAUAUCUAAAAAUACAAACAGAACUUCGACAUUUCGAUCGAAGGCCCUUCGUUGGAAAAAACAUGUGCUUGUAUUUUUCCGGUAGUUGUCACGAGAUAUUAAGUGACGUUUUUGACAACACGAACGGCAUGAGUAACGUCAGAAGACUGGGUCAAGGGCUGUGAUUGGUGAAAAACGUCAACUUUACUUCCGGUCGACGUCCGUGUUGUCAAAAACGUCACUUGCUUAAGCUCACUAUUACUCGAGAAACUCCGCAUUUACGGAGUUGAUACAAAUAGUUUAUCCUGGUUUCGAUCCUAUUUACAAGAUCGCAAAAACAAAAAUGUUAUGUGAAUGAUGUUCUAUCCGGCGAACGUACAAAUAAUUGUGGUGUGCCUCAGGGGUCAAUUAUUGGACAGUUAUUAUUUCUCACUGAUAUAUCAACAAUCUUCCUCGGUGUUUAAAACAUUCAACAGUUUGAAUGUACGCUGACGAUACAAGCAUAACAACGACAGGAACAUCUAAUCCAGAAAUAUAGGAGAACGGGACUGAUGUUUUCCGGCGGGGGGGAGGGGGCAGUUGAAAGUUUGCCCAAUUUUUAUGGAGAAUUGUAGUGAAAUAACCUAAUUUUAACAUAUUUUCUGAUAAAUCUGCCCGAAUUUUCUUGAUUUUUCCUAGCAUUUGCCCGAAUUUCCAUGGGUUUUUCCAAUUUAUUUUUUUUUGGGGGGGGGGGCAGUCCCCCCCCCCUGCCCCCUGUCUCGUACGCCUAUGACCAGAAAUAGUAACACCUGCUAAUAAUGACUUAACUAAUAUAAGUAACUGGCUGAAAGCAAACAAACUCAGCCUUAACGUGACCAAAACGGAGUACAUGUUCAUUGGAUCAGAACAAAAUAUAGACAAGUUAAGAGAUGUACCGCUACUGUUUCUUGAAAACAAAGCUAUAAAUAGGGUCAAAGCAACCAAGUAAUUAGCGGUACAUAUUGAUGAAAGACUAACAUGGCAUGAACAUGCACAUUCAAAAUAUUUCAAAAAAAGUAGGUGCUGUAAUUUCAGGUUUAUGGCGGGUAAGGGAGUUUGUCCCAUUAUCGACAUGGUUAACAAUCUAUAAGUCGUUAAUACAACCAUUAUUUGAUUACUUCGAUGUUAUUUGGGACAGCCCUCCUGCUGCUGCCGCCAACAUUCUACAAAAGUUGCAAAAUCGUGCCGCUAGAGUUAUUACUCGUCAAGGUUACGAUUUCAGAUCCAAUGAAAUAAGGAAAACAGUGAAUUGGAAAACUCUUGCUGAAAUACAAGGCAUACACAUUCAAAUUAACUAUGAUGUAUAAGAUAUUAAAUAACUUGGCACUAAAUUAUUUGAGAGACCAUUUUAAAAUGUUUCCAUUGGAAAUUUCUAUAGAAUGAUUAAGAAAUGGAAAACUAUACCUUGUACUACCAAAGCCUCAAACGGAAUAUUUAAAGGAAGCUUUGCAUUUUCAGGGGUAAAAUUGUGGAAUACUCUACCUGAAGAUGUAAAAUGCAGCAACAGAUUGAGUCAAUAAUUUAAAAUAGGAGUAAUGAUCACAUUAUCAACUUCUAGCUAAAAUUGUAUAUAUAUUCGGCUUUCUUGUAAAGCAGUGCUAUGCACUGAAGGAUCUCCGAAUUCAAAUAAAUAUUUCUUUUUCUCUCUGUCUCUACGCAGGUUUAUAUUUCCAUGCAUAUACAAUAAUAAAAUUAGGUACACAUGGUAAAAGAACACGAGAGAAUGGUGUUAGGAAUAUACAUAGAAAUAUUUAUUCCAUAAUUUACCAUUAUUCUAAAAAUGCAUCAUUUGACUGACGAUAUAUAUGAGCAAGGUUUUUGUGUUUCCUGACUUGUACCUCUCAUAUAUACUUACUGUACAGAUUCAGAUUUCAGUAACAUUUUAAAAAUUCAAAACUGUGUGUUCUUGAAUUAAUUUAAAGGAAAGGUGAAAACAUAAUCGCUCCAAUGCUAUAGGAUUUUGUUUUUCCGCUAACCAGGGAUUAUUUGUGUUUGUGUCUUUAGUUAAACAAGUUGCCAUUUUUUAUGCAUUUAGAUCACAAAUUGGAAACGUUUAGUUUGUACAUGCAUGAUUAAUGUUCCGUUUAUACACGCAGCCACAAAUCCGAUAGAAAAUAAUCUCGAUUUUCCCCCGCAUUCGGAAAUUUGAAUCCCGAAAAAUGUGGAAACUUCGUAUCCGGAGUUAUUUGAAACCUUCCGCGAUAACUGCAAUUUUGUCGCGACUUUUCGAGCAGUCACUGCUUUUUCGCUUGCUUUUACUUAAUAUAUAGCUUUUUUGGAGCGUUGUCCCCGUUAGGGUACUAAUUCCGCCUGGCUAGCGCUAUUUACACAUGGGGAAGGGAAAGCAUUAGCGAAAUCCCCGAACUCCUUUUGUAAAUUUAGCCCCAUAUCCUAUUGUUCCAACACUAUAUUCUUUCGAAAGAAACACCUGCUAUAACUUGAAUGUACACAUAAAAUGACCACACUAAAUUUUAAAAAAAUAUAUAGGUAACAAAAAUAUAUAGGUAACAAAGUAAUUUUAAACAUCAAGUAGCUUUGACCCAUACGUUCCUGGUCUCAAAAUAACAAUUGAUAAGAGUUGACAAUACAAAUUAUUGAAAAAUAACGUUUUCAUAUAUUUUGAAGGUUUUGGGGGUAUUAAAGAUUCCCGUGAUUAGCUAUUGGGCGACAAGUGAUGAACUCAGUGACAAGUCGGAGUAUGAGUAUUUCUCUCGAACAAUACCAUCAGAUAUGUUACAAGUCAAAGCGAUAGUGGAUGUUCUGGAUUAUUUUAACUGGACUUAUGUGUCCAUUGUGUACACCGAUGAAUCUUAUGGUCGAUACGGAUUUGAAAUGCUGAAGAAGGAGGCGACAAAGCACGGUACAUGA